AUUCAGUUGGUUCUGUUAGCCGGUCGAAAGCACACGAAACGCGCGCAGUCACAAUUAAAACUUUAAAGCAAACAACAAGCACAUUUUAUAUACGUUAUACGUGGUUUCAAUCGCAAAGUGUUCGAUUUAAUUGCAGAAUUUCAAACGAAAGAGGAGCUAACACAAUAUAAAUCGAAAGUCAAAGCUUGAACAUGAAAGAAAAUGAAGCUGUUCUUACAGCCAUGGACAGAUUUUGCGGUUCCACAUUUUGGAAUGCCAAUGAGACUUGGUUUACAACGAAUCCAGAUUUUUCCCCCUGUUUCGAACAAACCGUACUAGUUUGGACACCCUGUGCCUUCUAUUGGGUAUUUGUGUUGUUUGACUUUUGGUACUUGAAGGCUAGCUUGGAUAAGAAUAUACCCUGGAAUAAAAUCAGCAUUUGCAAAUUGCUAUUCAAUCUCGGACUUUUGGUUAUAACCGUGUUGGAUCUGAUCAUGGCAUUUGUAAAGAGAGGCGGCGUCUCUGGACUUCCCCUAAGUGAUCUCUAUGUCUGGGGACCGAUCAUAAAGAUUGCCACAUUUCUGAUGCUACUGAUAUUUAUACCGCUUAAUCGCAAAUUUGGCGUCCAGACAUCCGGCUGUCAGUUUAUGUUCUGGUUCCUGUUGACGGUUCUGUCGAUUCCACGUUGUCGCACCGAGGCUCGUUUAAAUCACGAGCGCAAUUCCAUUGUAGCUGAUCCUGAUAAACCACAGGAUUUCUCCUGGGCAGAGUAUGAGUUUGUCAGCUUCUUCAUUUUCUUUGCCUUUACGUGCAUGAUGCUGUUCCUGAACUGCUUCUCCGACGCAAUGCCACGACAGACCAAGUAUAAGCGUGGACCCAACGAGAUUCCCGAAUUGUCCGCCAGCUUUCUGUCCCGCAUUACGUAUCGUUGGUUCGAUAGCAUGGCCUUAAAGGGUUAUCGCAAUCCACUCGAGGAAGAUGAUCUGUGGGAUCUGAGGCCGCAGGAUAGCUGCAAGGAAGUCAUGCCCACAUUCGCCUAUUAUUGGAAUCAAAAUGUGCGCAAAAACUACAAAUCCAGCGCCGGACAACAGACGACAGAGCCAAAGGCUCAAUUUGCCAAUGGCAAAGUGUCCUUCGAGAAUCCCCAGGGAAAUGGCAGGAAAAAGGGAAUGGCCAGUAUUAUGCCGGCCAUCUAUAAAUCCUUUGGCGGCAUUUUUCUCUUCGGUUCAUUCUUUAAACUCAUCACGGAUAUCUUAACAUUUGCCCAGCCUCAGGUUUUAAGUUUAAUCAUUGGCUUUGUGGAGGAUUAUGAGAAGAAACCGCAGCCGGAAUGGAGGGGUAUCAUUUAUUCGGUGGCACUCUUUGUGCUGGCCAGUGCACAGACCUUUAUAUUGGCCCAGUAUUUCCAUCGCAUGUUUAUUGUUGGUCUGCGCAUUAGAACCGCAUUAAUUAAUUGCAUUUAUCGCAAAGCGUUGCGCAUUUCUAAUGCAGCUCGCAAGGAAUCCACAGUGGGUGAAAUUGUCAAUCUGAUGGCUGUGGAUGCACAAAGAUUUAUGGAUCUAACCACCUAUUUGAACAUGUUGUGGUCGGCACCAUUGCAAAUUGCAUUGGCCUUGUAUUUCCUGUGGCGAGAAUUGGGUCCGUCCGUUUUGGCCGGUCUCGCUGUGAUGAUCAUCAUGAUACCGUUGAACGGCUUCAUCGCCAGUCGCAUCAAGACCUAUCAGAUCAGUCAAAUGAAGUACAAGGAUCAGCGUGUCAAACUAAUGAAUGAAGUCCUCAGUGGCAUUAAGGUGCUCAAGCUUUAUGCCUGGGAGCCGAGCUUUGAGAAGCAAGUAUUGGAUAUUCGUGAUAAGGAAAUAGCCACAUUAAGAUCGACAGCCUAUUUGAAUGCCAGCACAUCGUUCCUUUGGUCCUGUGCCCCAUUUUUGGUAUCAUUAGUCACAUUUGCCACAUAUGUUCUUAUCGAUGAAAAAAAUGUGCUUGAUGCGAAAAAAACUUUUGUCUCAUUAUCAUUAUUCAACAUUCUUCGUUUUCCGCUAACAAUGUUGCCCAUGCUGAUCACCAACCUGGUGCAAACACAAGUGUCCGUCAAACGUAUCAACAAAUUCUUGAACAGUGAAGAGCUGGACCCUAAUAAUGUGCAACAUGAUUCCUCCAAACCAAAUCCCAUGACCAUGGAGAAUGGCAACUUUUCAUGGGGUGAUGAGGAUGAAUUGACGCUCAAGAACAUAAAUAUUGAGGUGCCAAAGAAUAACCUGGUUGCCAUUGUGGGCACCGUUGGCUCUGGUAAGUCCUCUGUGAUUCAGGCCUUCCUCGGCGAAAUGGAGAAGAUCUCCGGCAGUGUGAAUACAGUGGGCAGAUUGGCAUAUGUGCCACAACAGGCAUGGAUACAGAAUGCCACCGUCAGGGAUAAUAUAUUGUUUGGCAAAGCUUAUGAUCGUAAGCGAUAUAAUCGUGUGAUCGAUGCUUGUGCUUUGCGUACUGAUAUUGAGAUACUAUCCGCUGGCGAUUUGACGGAGAUCGGUGAGAAAGGCAUCAAUUUGUCGGGUGGACAAAAGCAGCGCAUUUCAUUGGCACGCGCCGUCUACAAUGAUGCGGAUCUGUAUCUGCUGGAUGAUCCUUUGAGUGCCGUCGACGCACAUGUAGGCAAACACAUCUUCGAGGAGGUGAUCGGACCGAAGGGAUUGCUGGCACGCAAAACUCGCAUCCUCGUCACACACGGCAUUACGUUCCUGCCCCAGGUGGAUAAUAUCUAUGUACUGAAAAUGGGACAAGUCAGCGAGAAUGGCACAUACAGUCAAUUGCUGAAGAAUAAGGGCGCCUUUGCCGACUUCCUCAUCCAGCACCUGCAGGAGGGCGAGGGCGAGGAGGAGGAUAUUAAUCAGAUCAAACGUCAAUUGUCCACGGCGGAACCCGAAUUACUGGCACCCUUCGAGAAGGCCAUCAAACUGGCACGUACCGAGAGCUUAUCCGACUCCAUCUCUGUCACAUCUGCAGACAGCUUGAUGGGACAAGGACAUGGCAGUCUGCGAAAGCGUCGCACGAAGCGUCAGGAUUCCCACGAUUCGGCGGCUUCGGCUGCUUCGUUGAAGAAGAAGCAGGAGCUCGAGGGCAAACUGAUUGAGAUUGAGAAAUCGCAGACUGGAGGCGUUGAAUUUGCCGUCUACAAGCAUUACAUUAAGAGUGUUGGCAUUUUCCUCUCGGUGGCGACGUUGGUGCUCAACUUUGUGUUCCAGGCAUUCCAAAUCGGUUCCAAUUUGUGGCUCACCCAAUGGUCCAAUGACAAAGAAGUGGAACAUGAUACUGGACUUCGAAAUAUGUACUUGGGUGUUUAUGGUGCCUUUGGUUUCGGUCAAGCUUCUUUUUCGUACCUCAUGGAUUUGGGACUACGUCUUGGAGCCGUUCGAGCUGCCCGAAUUCUCCACAUGUACCUUUUGAACCGUAUGUUGCGUGUGCCCAUGUGGUUCUUUGAUACCACACCUGUGGGUCGUAUAAUAUCUAGAUUCUCGAAAGACAUUGAUAUUGUUGAUCAAACAAUUGUGGAGGUCGUCAACUGGUUUGUUUGGUGUGCGUUUGAGGUAUUCGCCACAAUUGUGGUCAUAAGCAUAUCGACGCCUAUUUUCCUGGCUGUCAUUGUGCCCAUUGGGUUUAUUUACUACUUCGCCCAACGCUUCUAUGUCGCCACUUCCCGACAACUGAUGCGUUUGGAGUCCGUUUCCCGUUCGCCAAUCUAUUCGCAUUUUGGUGAAACUGUCACUGGAGUCUCAACGAUUCGUGCCUACACUGUUGAGGAUCGCUUUAUUGAGGAAUCGGACAGCAAGGUGGACAAGAAUCAGGUGUGCAAGUAUCCAUCCCUGAUUGCCAAUCGUUGGCUCGCCAUUCGCCUAGAAAUGGUUGGCAAUCUUAUCAUCCUGUUUGCCGCCCUCUUUGCGGUGCUCGGCGGACAAACGAAUCCCGGUCUGGUCGGUCUCUCGGUCAGCUAUGCACUGCAGGUGACCCAGAUCAAUUGGCUGGUGCGCAUGUCCUCGGACAUUGAGACGAACAUUGUGUCCGUGGAGCGUAUCAAGGAGUAUGGCGAGACGAAACAGGAGGCCGACUGGGAGCUGGAGGAGGAUAAAAAGAAGCCCAAGAACUGGCCUGAGGAUGGACGCGUCGAGUUCAAAGAUUUCCAGGUUCGAUAUCGCGAGGGUCUUGAGCUGGUGCUACGUGGCGUUAGCUUCAACAUCAGCGGCGGCGAAAAGGUCGGCAUUGUGGGACGCACUGGUGCCGGAAAAUCCAGUUUGACGCUGGCUCUGUUCAGAAUUAUCGAGUCUGCUGGAGGUCAAAUCAUCAUUGAUGGUGUGGACAUUGCCACAAUGGGUCUGCACAUGCUGCGUUCUCGUCUGACCAUCAUUCCACAGGAUCCCGUGUUGUUCUCUGGAUCGCUGCGUUCCAAUCUCGAUCCAUUUAAUGUGAAGACCGACGAUGAAAUUUGGAAGGCAUUAGAAUUGUCCCAUUUGAAGGCAUUUGCCAAGAGUCUAAGUGCCGGCCUGAAUCACGAAAUCUCUGAGGGUGGUGAGAAUCUGUCUGUGGGCCAGCGUCAAUUGGUUUGCCUGGCGCGUGCCCUGCUUCGGAAGACCAAGGUUCUUGUCUUGGAUGAAGCCACAGCGGCAGUGGAUUUGGAGACCGAUGACCUGAUACAGAAAACAAUUCGCAGUGAGUUCAAGGAAUGCACUGUGCUGACAAUUGCCCAUCGUUUGAAUACAAUUUUGGACUCGGACAAAGUUAUUGUGCUAGACAAGGGACAGAUUACGGAAUUUGCUUCACCCACCGAACUUUUGGAUAAUCCCAAGUCGGCCUUUUACAGCAUGGCCAAGGAUGCCAAUCUUGUUUAGUAUGAUAACAUAAUAAUAACAAAACAAUAACGAAACUCAUGUAGCAAAACAAAUAGAAACAAGCAACCCAAACAAUACUUAAAACAUACUAAAACUAGAAUUAAUUAGGCAACAAUUUAACGAUAGCUUUAAAUCAAUUUGGUAAUCAAUCGUUAAAGUGUUCUACCUCAAAACAAUAGUUAAACAUCAAGAACUACAAUAACAAUAACUACAAUUACCCAACAUUGUUUCUUUUGGGUGUGCAAUUAAUAAAAACCAUUAAAAUGUUCAUUAGCAUUAAGCCGAUAAAGUUCAAUAAUGCGCUCACAGGUUUUUAGUAAAUUAACUACUAUAAAUUGCACGUGAAUGUAAAAUGUAAAUCUAUUUACAUAUGAUUAUGUAUGUACUUAUCUAAGUUUUUUGUAUCGUCUUACGUACUUAUGUAUAUGUAUAUGUUGUCUACUAUGUAUGUGUCUACUAUAUAUGUAUGAAUUUACCUGCCAAGUCUAUUUUUCUAUGCAAGUUUACAACAUAUGAAAACAAACAAAAACCGAAAAUGCGUCCAUUUGGAAACUCAAAAGAUCGUACUUAAAAAUUAAUAAAAAUCAACCUCUUAAGAAUUUGCCUUGAAAUGAUUAAAUCACUAAGAUUAAUACCCAGUAGUUAAUGAAAUUAAAUUUUGCAACAUUUUGUAAAAUGCGUACUUAUACCUAAAAAAAAAACCAAGUGAAAUUGUAAUAAGUACAAAUAAAACCCAUUUAACCAAUUUA